AAGAAAUGAAAAUUAGUGACUUUUUACUUUUUAGUGGGGCUGACAAUGAACUGAGUGUCUAUUUGAUUACGUGUUUGUGGCACUAAAAAUAUUCCUACAAUAAUUAGUUCGUUGUUUGUUGCUUUGUUCUGAAGCCUAUACAUUAUUGGGAUUAGUAUAUCCAGAAAUGUUAUAGUCUCUCUCUGCUACUAUCCACUAUUGUUUCUGCUUGCAAUUGGAGAAAGGGGAAAAGAUUAUCUUUGUGCACUUAACGGAAAUGAGUCAUAAGUGGAUCUGUAGGAUUUGCUCUUAGUUCUAUAUCUACCUCCACCGUUAACCAGUGCAGUUACUUUUGGUACUAGAAUUAAAGAUUGGAGAAAGAAGAAGACUGUUCAUAAAACUUGAUCAUAAUAUGCACUGAAAGUACCCAAAACAAGAUGGCAAGUUUCCUCUGUGAUUUGGUGAAGCCAUACGUGGAGAAAUUGAUUAAUGGGGCAAUAGCAGAAGCCCAUCAUGUAUUUUGCUUCACAUGCAUUGUUAAAGAAUUUGAAGAAGAAAGAGUUAGGUUGGAACCAGAAAGGAUAACUAUGGUGCAACGUGUCAAAGUGGCAAAAGAAAGAGAUAAGGAUAUUCAAGCUGAUGUUGGUUCUUGGGCAGAGGAAAUUGAUAAGCUCAAUCAAGUGGACACAAAAACAAAACAAACAUGUUUUUUUGGAUUUUGUCCUGAUUGUAUAUGGCGUUAUAAAAAGGGAAAGGAGUUGGCAAAUAACUUGAAGGAUAUCAAACGACUACUAGAAAAGGGAGGGACAUUUGUUGAUAUUGAACUUCCUCGCCCUCUUCCAGAUGUUGAACGUUAUUCAACCAAAGAGUACAUUUCUUUUAAAAGUAGAGAGGCAAAUCAAAAAGAACUUUUGGAUGCACUAAAAGAUGACAACAACUAUAUAACCGGAUUGCAAGGGAUGGGGGGCACUGGAAAAACUACAUUGGCCAAAGAAGUGGGUAAAGAGCUAAAGCAAUCUGAACAAUUUGCGUAUGUCGUUGAUACGACAGUGACGUUUACUCCUGAUAUAAAAAAGAUUCAAGAUGAGAUUGCUGGACCUUUAGGAUUGAAAUUGGAUGGAUUUAAUGAAGUAGACCGACCCAAAAAACUAUGGAGCAGAUUAACAAAUGGUGACAAAAUUCUUGUGAUACUGGAUGAUGUGUGGGAUCGAGGCCCACCUCUUGAUUUUGAUGCAAUAGGGAUUCCAAAACGAGACAAUCACAAAGGUUGUAGAGUUCUUGUAACCUCGCGUAAUAAACAAACUUUCAACAAAAUGGAUUGUGAUAAGAGAAUUGAAUUGGGUCUUUUAUCUGAAGAAGACGCAUGGCUCAUGUUCGAAAUGUAUGCCGGGAUACGUGAUAGCUUCCCAAAAAAAUUGAUCGAUAAGGCACGUGAAAUUGCAAUUGAAUGCAAAAGAUUGCCAGUUGCAAUAUCAGUUAUUGCCAGUAGCUUAAAGGGCCAACAAGAUCAAGAGGUUGAAUUGGAUGUGACAUUGAAUUCCUUGAAGCAGCCUGUAUCCAUGCAUGGUGUUGAUGACGAUAUGGCUGGAAUUUAUAAAUGUUUGAAGUUUAGCUAUGACUAUUUGAAGGAUGAAAAAGCCAAGGGGUUGUUCCUCUUAUGUUCGGUUUUCCGAGAAGAUGAAGAAAUUUCUAUUAGCAUAGGAGUGGGUCGUUUGGGAGAAGAUUAUGGCUAUUAUAAUGAUGCUCGAAACCAAGUAGUUGUAGCCAGAAACAGACUCGUAGAUUCUUGUUUGUUGUUGGAGGAUGAUAAAAAACGUCUAAAAAUGCAUGAUUUGGUUCGUGAUGCAGCUCAUUGGAUAGCAAACAAAGAGAUUCAAUGUGUAAAACUGUUUGAUAAAAAGCAAAAGUCAUUGGUUGAAAAGCAGACAAAUAUCAAAUAUUUAUUAUGUGAAGGGAAGUGCCUGGAUUUAUUUUUCUUCAAUUUUGAUGGUUCCAAACUUGAGACUUUAAUUUUCAAGGUGGAUAGAGAUUAUGACAGCGAAUGUAUAGAAGUCCCAAAUUCUUUCUUUGAAAAUGUUAUCAACCUUCGUGUUUUGUAUUUUUCUGGCAAUUACUUUCAACAUUUAUCAUUACCAGAUUCAAUUCAGUCAUUGACCAAUAUUCGAUCUAUGUUGGUUGAUGAAGUGGAUUUAGGUGACAUCUCUAUUUUGGGAAACCUACAAAGUCUGGAGACUCUUUAUUUGGUUAAAUGCACAAUCAAAGAAUUGCCAGACCAAAUUACAAAGCUGAGGAAGUUUAAAUUGUUGAAGUUGAAACAUUGUAAAAUUAGAACGAAUAAUCCAUUUGAAGUUAUUAAAAGAUGCUCAUCACUUGAAGAGUUGUAUUUCAAAUAUAGUUUCAAUGAUUUUUGUCAGGAAAUAACCUUACCUGAGUUGCAAAGAUAUCAUAUCAGGAAUCAUUGGAAAGCCUUCUAUUCGGACAAAACCAAUUUAUCCAAAUAUGUUGUGUUUUGUGGCAAUGAAAAGUGUCAAUUUUCAGAAGAAACACUCAAGUACUGCAUGCAAACAGCAGAGGCUCUUUCUCUAGAAAGAAUUAAGGGGGAAUGGAGAAAUCUCAGCAGAGGCUCAGAUAUGAAUGAUCUUGUUGAACUUCAUUUGAGGGACAUGCCACAACUACAGUGCCUGAUUGACACCGUUGGUUCUCAAGUACCAAUUGUGUUGUCCAAGUUGGUUGUACUAGAACUGAAAAACAUGGAAAUUUUGGAAGAACUAUUCAUUGGCCCCUUUUGCUUUCAAUCUUUGAACAAUUUAGAAAAUCUAUCAAUCAUGAAUUGUAAACAUUUGCGAAGCUUGUUUAAAGGUAAGCUAAACCUCUGCAAUCUAAAGACCAUCACACUUGAUGAUUGCCCAAUGUUAGUUUCCCUAUUUGAAGUGUCAACUUUUCGAAACCUACUGCUACUAGAGACAUUGGAAAUAUUUAACUGCGAGGGACUGGAAACCAUAAUAGCAGAUGAAAGACGAGAGGAUGAAGAAAUAGAUGACGGUGGUAAUAAUAAGAAUCAUGGUUCAAUGUUUUCGAAACUGAAAGUUAUUAGUAUUGAGGAAUGUCACCGAUUAGAAUCUAUACUACCUUUCCUCUUUGCUCAAGACCUUCCAGCACUGGAAACUAUCAGAAUAACAAAAUGUGAUGGAUUGAAAUAUGUGUUUGGCCAAUCUCAACAUUUUGAACUGGUUUCACUAAGUCAAUUGGAGCUUUCUGAAUUACCAAACUUCAUUGAUAUUUUUGAAGAAUGUUAUGAUCCCAUGUCUUCAAGUGUGAAAGGAUCAUCUUCCACUUCCAAAGCACAAAUACAAUUGGAUCCUAUCAAAUGCAAUACCUUCUCUUGGUGGACUCGUUUAUGUUGUCAAACCAGAAUCCCAUUAGUUGAUGAUGAUGGGGAUCAACCGCAUGAUAACUCAGUGGCAUCAGAAUCAAAUUCACAUCGUCUUAACAUAUGGAAACGUGUUCAAUGUCUUCCAAUACAAUCAAAGAUUCCCUGCAAUAUUAAAGAGAUUGUACUGACUCAUUUUCCGAAGAUGAAAUCAGUAUUUAUCCUAUCUAUUGCUCAAAUAAUGCAAUUGGAAACUUUGAGAAUUAUGAACUGUGAUGAACUGAAGCACGUAAUAGUAGACACUGGAGAUCAUGAGACUGGUGGCAAUAACUGGGUCAAUGUCAUCCCAAAAUUGAAAGAGCUCCUUGUUUUUAAUUGCCCGCAGUUGGAAUACAUAUUUGGACAUGACACUAGUGAUCAUCAAAACCACAUGGAGAUUCGGCUUCAUCUUCCAGAAUUGAGAGAUCUCCAUCUUUUUGGUCUACCAAGUUUGAUCGCCAUGUGUCCCAAACAAUAUCGAAUAACAUUUCCUUCUUUGAAAAGUCUUAAACUCAGGAAAUGUUCCAAGGAUAAUACAAUCAUUAAGGUAUCCCUCUUUCCAUAUAUCUUUUGUUGUUUGAUAAUUUGUUAGCAAUUAAUGUAAGUGAAAUACAUCAACCUCUCUGUUGGAAUAUAUUUAGUUUCCUAAUUUGUUAUUUCUAGAAGAUUCUAAACAUAUCAUUAUUUCCUUUUAUUUCUCCUAAAUCAAGGAGAUAUCUAGUUGUACUUUUAUUAUAAAUACCAGCCUUGAGCUGAAGAAUAAAAUUAAUAUAGCAUUCACACAUAUAUUUCUACAUGGUAUCACGAGACCUAGGUUAGGGUUAGAGUGCUAUUGUGAAGCUUUCCACAACUAAAUUUCUGUUCGACCCGUUCUUUUACCCGACCCAUUCCCAUACCCGUUUGUCUCUCAUGGCCGACAACAAGUGGCCUCCCAUAGGCCAGGCCUAUACCGGGUCCUCGGUCAAUAACGAUGGCCAACCAACAGGUGCUGGCCGCGGAAACGGAGGCGGUGGCCGCGUAGAUGGAGCUGGCCGCGGAGACGGUGGUGGCCGUGGUGGUGGGAUACCAGACUUCGGAAAGAUACCAGACUUUAUCGCUAACAGUAGCGGUAAUGGCGGCAACAACGGAAAUCGGAACAGAACUGUUUAUGGUG